UUCUAAAGAAAAACACGACAGGAGAGGACCUUAUAUAUAUGUCAAUGGAGAGGACGACACGUAGGCGUAGGCUGUGCCCGUUUAUGCUGUACUGAGACAAAAUGGACCUUAAUUAAAUACAUUCCAGCGGAUUUCAGACUGCAGUAUAUUUCCGUUGGCUAGUGUAGUCAGCCCAUGUGUGUUUUUCUCUCAUAACAGCCGAAAUGCAUACAGAUAGAAGUGUGGUUUUGGCCACAGAGAGAUAUGGCAAUGCAGAGUCCUGGACGUAUUUAGCAAAGGAUAGAGUGAUGGAGAGGAGAAGAGAUGGGAGUGAAGGUGAAUCAAGAGGAAACUCUAUUAUUGGAGUUUUUAAAAGUGUCUUUCUGCCUCAAGGCUAUCCAGAGAGCGUCAGUGAUGAUUACCUGCAGUACCAGUUUUGGGAUACUGUGCAGGCUUUCUCCAGCUCUCUGUCAGGGACUCUGGCCACUCAGGCUUCUCUCAAAGGUGUCGGUGUUGGAAACCAAGAGGCAACAGUAGCUGCAGCCACAGUGACCUGGCUACUAAGAGAUGGAACUGGCAUGUUGGGAAGAAUCCUCUUCGCUUGGCAGAAAGGGAAUAAACUGGACUCUGAGUCCAAAAAAUGGAGACUUUUUGCUGAUGUUCUCAAUGACAUUGCCAUGUUCAUGGAAAUAUCGGCUCCAUACUUUCCUGCUUGCUUCACCCUGAUUGUGUGUACUGCAGGGAUAUUCAAGUCCCUUGUUGGAGUGGCAGGCGGUGCAACCAGAGCUGCUCUGACUGUUCAUCAGGCUCGCAGAGACAACAUGGCUGACAUCUCUGCCAAAGAUGGCAGUCAGGAGACUUUAGUGAAUCUGGCUGGACUGCUGGUCAGUUUGAUACUCAUUCCCCUCGUCACUGAUAAUCUAAUACUGACUCUCAGCCUCUUUUUCCUCUUCACUGUCCUCCACCUCUUUGCCAACUACAAGGCUGUGCGCUCGGUUGUCAUGGAAACCUUAAACGAGGCGCGGCUUUCGAUCGUGCUGCAGCAGUACCUGAGUGACGGACGGAUGCUGAGUCCACUGGAGGCCAAUCAGAGGGAACCAGUUUUCUUGGAGUUUAGGAAAACUGUGCCAAUCAAACUUGGAGUGCGGCUACAGGAAGUUGUACAAAGCCCAGAGGAACUGAAUUUGGCUUUGAAGGAAAACAACAUGCCGUACCUAUUGGGGGUACAAAAUGGCUGCGUAUGUGUUUGUUUGGGACCAGAAGCAUCAGUACAUGAUGAAAUCAGAGCAAUGUGCCAAGCUGUUUUGCUCAGCAGCAUGUUGAGCCCUCCAACUUCCAGAGAACAUCCUACACAACAACAGCAAAGGAACUGGGAAAUGGUACACGAGACUCACAAGUUGUUGGACACAAUUUUCAAUCCAUUUCUUAAAGGUGUGGAAGCUGCAGGAUGGGACAUAAAACGAACUCUACUGGACUGGGAUGAGUGGAGGGUUGAGUGGAAGAUAAAAAGCAUCUGAGCUUUGAGACAUCUUCAGCCAUUUCACAUUGUUUAUAUCAAAUGUUAGACCAUUAUAUUUUUUUUUAACUAACCCUUGUUUGAUUUAUUCAGUUUUUAAAUCUCAGUGUGUUUGAAAAAAAUAUAUUUGUACAGGAAUAUUUUGGUCAGUGAGCAAAUGUUAAUUGAAGUGACGUUUUCUUUUUGAAUGUAAAAGACAUUUCAUUUACCUGUGUACACCACUGAUGUAUAAUAACAUGUACACGUCAUAAAAAUAAAGUAUUACCAAAGAACUUCUAAUAUA